AUGGUUCCAAGCAACUUCGCAAAUUGGACAUAUGGAUACUACAGACAACAUAGAAAACUUGUUGAAGAGAUUGGCUGGUCUUAUACAGGAGCACUGAAUCAAAAAAAUUGGGGAAAGAAAUAUCCAACAUGUAAUAGUCCAAAACAAUCUCCUAUCAAUAUUGAUGAAGAUCUUACACAAGUAAAUGUGAAUCUUAAGAAACUGAAAUUUCAGGGUUGGGAUAAAAUAUCUUUGGAAAACACAUUCAUUCACAACACUGGGAAGACAGUGGAAGUUAAUCUCACUAAUGACUACCGUCUCAGUGGAGGGCUUUCAGAAACGGUGUUCAAGGCAAGCAAAAUAACAUUUCACUGGGGAAAAUGCAAUGUGUCAUCGGAUGGGUCAGAGCAUAGUUUGGAAGGACAGAAGUUCCCACUCGAGAUGCAAAUCUACUGCUUUGAUGCUGACCGGUUUUCAAGUUUUGAGGAAGCAGUUAAAGGAAAAGGGAGGCUAAGAGCUUUAUCCACUUUAUUUGAGGUUGGACUAGAAGAAAAUUUGGAGUACAAAGCAAUCAUUGAUGGAGUUGAGAAUGUUAGUCGUUUUGGGAAGCAGGCUGCCUUAGACUCUUUCGUUUUGCUGAAUCUUCUGCCAAACUCAACUGACAAGUAUUACAUUUACAAUGGCUCAUUGACAUCACCUCCCUGCACAGACACAGUUGAAUGGAUUGUUUUUAAAGAUACAGUUAGCAUCUCUGAAAGCCAGUUGGCUGUAUUUUGUGACGUUCUUACAAUGCAGCAGUCUGGGUAUGUCAUGCUGAUGGACUAUUUACAAAACAAUUUUCGGGAACAACAGUAUAAGUUCUCUAGGCAGGUGUUUUCUUCAUACACUGGAAAGGAAGAGAUUCACGAAGCAGUUUGUAGUUCAGAACCGGAAAAUGUUCAGGCUGACCCAGAAAAUUAUACUAGUCUUCUUGUCACAUGGGAAAGACCUCGAGUGGUUUAUGAUGCCAUGAUUGAGAAAUUUGCAGUGCUGUACCAGCAAUUGGAUGGAGAAGACCAAACUAAGCAUGAAUUUUUAACAGAUGGCUAUCAAGACUUGGGUGCUAUUCUCAAUAAUUUACUGCCCAAUAUGAGUUACGUUCUUCAAAUAGUAGCCAUAUGCACCAAUGGCUUAUAUGGAAAAUACAGUGACCAACUGGUAGUCGACAUGCCCACUGAUGAUGCUGAACUUGACCUUUUCCCUGAAUUAAUUGGAACUGAAGAAAUAACCAAGGAGGAAGAAGAAAUAAAAGACAUUGGAGAAGAGACAGUUAUGAAUCCUGGUAGAGACACUGCCACAAACCAAAUAAGGAGAAAGGAACUCCAGAUUUCUACCACAACUCUCUAUAAUCACAUAGGGACUAAAUUCAACGAGGCCAAAACUAACCGAUCUCCAACAAGUGGAAGUGAAUUUUCUGGAAGGGACUAUGUUCCCAACAUAUCUUUACAUUCUACUUCUCAACCAGUCAUCGAACUCGACACAGAAAAAGAAAUUUCCUUGCCUUCCCAGACUGCAACUGAAUUGCCACUGCAGCCUGUGGAGGGCACUUCAGUCUCUUUAAAUGAUGACUCUAAAACUAUCCUUAGAUUUCCACAGAUGAACUUGUCUGCAACUGCAGAAUCUUUAAACACAGUUUCUAUAACAGAGUAUCAAGAGUUGUCUACUGACAUCAGUGAGGAAGAGAGCUUAUUGACUGAUUUCAAGCUGGAUACUGGAGCUGAUGAUUCUUCAGGCUCCAGUCUUGCAACUUCUAUCCCAUUCUUUUCUGAGAACAUAUCACACAGUUAUAUAUUUUCUUCAGAAACACCAGAGACCAUCACAUAUGAUGUAUUUAAAACAGAGUCUACAAGAAAUGCUUCAGAAGAUUCAACUUCAUCAGGUUCCGAAGACUCACCAAAGGAUCCUUCUAUUGAUGAAAGUGUGUGGUUGCAUAGCUCCACAGAUGUGACAACACAGCCUGACAUUGGAUCGGGGCGAGAGACCUUUCUCCAGACUAAUGACACUGAGAUACCUGUUGAUGAAUCUAAGGAGACAACUGAGUCCUUUUUACCAGGCCCCAUAGUGUCACGGGGUCCCCCAGCUACAGAUGUGGAAAUGCCACGUUAUUCUCCCUUUGCCUACCUCCCGACUGAGGUAACACCUCAUGCUUUUACUCCAUCCUCUGACCAACAUGAUUUCGUCCCCACCAUCAACAUGGUACACUCGCAGACAACUCAGCCAGUAUACAAUGGUGAGACACUUCUCCAACCUUCCUACAGUAGUGAAGUCUUUCCUCUAGUCACCCCUUUGUUGCUUGACAAUCAGAUCCUCAACACUACCCCUGCUGCUUCAAGUAGUGAUUCGGCCUUGCAUGCUACGCCUGUAUUUCCCAGUGUCGAUGUGUCAUUUGAAUCCAUCCUGUCUUCCUAUGAUGGUGCACCUUUGCUUCCAUUUUCCUCUGCUUCCUUCAGUAGUGAAUUGUUUCGCCAUCUGCAUACAAUUUCUCAGAUCCUUCCACAAGUUACUUCAGCUGCUGAGAGUGAUAAGGUAUCCUUGCAUGCUUCUCUGCCAGUGGCUGGGGGUGAUUUGCUAUUAGAGCCCAGCCUUGCACAAUACUCUGAUGUGCUGUCACAUCAGACCACUACCCAUGCUGCUUCGGAGACGUUGGAGUUUGGUAAUGAAUCUGGUGUCCUUUAUAACACGCUUAUGCUUUCUCAAGUCGAACCAUCCAGCAGUGAUGUCAUGAUGCAUGCACAUUCUUCAGGGCCUGAACCUUCUUAUGCCUUGUCUAGUAAUGAGGGCUCCCAACACGUCUUCACUGUUUCUUACAGUUCUGCAAUACCUGUGCAUGAUUCUGUUCAUGUAUCUGAUCAGGGUUCCUUAUUUAGCAGCCCUAGCCAUGUAUCAAAGCCUAAGUCUUCAUUAAUAACCCCAACUGCCUCAUUACUGCAGCCUACUCAGGCCCUCUCUGGUGAUGGGGAGUGGUCUGGAGACUCCUCUGAUAGUGAGUUUCUUUUACCUGACACAGAUGGGCUGACAGCCCUUAACAUUUCUUCACCUGUUUCUGUAGCGGAAUUUACAUAUACAACAUCUGUGUUUGGUGAUGAAAAUAAGCCACUUACUAAAAGUGAAAUAAUAUAUGGAAAUGAGACUGAACUGCAAAUUUCUUCUUUGAGGGAGAUGACUAACCAUUCUGAAAGCACAGUCAUGCCCAGCAUGUAUGAGAAUGUAAAUAAGGUGAAUGUGUCUUUACAAGAACCUUCUGUUUCCAUAUCUAGCAUAAAGGGCAUGCUUCCAGGGUCUCUUGCUUAUCCCACCACUAAGGUUUUUGAUCAUGAGAUUAGUCAAGUUCCAGAAAAUAACCUCCCAGUUCAACCUACACACACUGUGUCUCAAACACUUGGUGACACUUCGCUUAAACCUGUGCUUAGUGCAAGCUCAGAGCCUGCAUCCUCUGACCCUGCUUUUAGUGAAGUGUUAUCUCCUUCAACCCAGCUCUUGUUCUAUGAAGCCUCAUCUCCUUUUAAUACUGAAGUAUUGCUGCAACCUUCCUUUCAGGCUUCUGAUGUUGACAGCUUGCUUAAAACUGCUCUUCCAGCUGUGCCUAGUGAUCCAAUAUUGGUUGAAACCCCCAAGGUUAAUCAAAUUAGUUCUGCAAUACUGCAACUCAUGACAUCAUAUUCUGCUUCAAGUGAAAACAUGCUGCACUCUACAUCUGUACCGGUUUUUGAUGUAUCGCCUUCUCCUAAUAUGCACUCUGCUUCACUUCAAGGUUUAUCAGUUUCUUACACAAGUGAGAAAUAUUUUGAACCAGUUUUGAUUAAAAGCAAAAGUUCCCAGCAAGUGGUACCUUCUUUAUAUAGUAAUGAUGAGUUGUUCCAAACUGCCAAUUUGGAGAUGAACCAGGCCUUUCCCCCAAAAGGAAGGCAUGCGUUUGCUACUCCCGAGUUAUCGAUUGAUGAACCACCAAGUACACUUAUGAAUAAGCAUAUAUAUUCUCGUGAAGUUUUCACCUCCACCAAAAGUUCUAUUACUGAUGAGGUAUUUUCUGGUAUUCCAACAGUUGUUACUGAUAUGCUUGUAUCCACUGAUCAAUCUCUCCCUUUAGGAAAUGGGUACAUUUCUAUUCCAGCUGUUUCCCCCAAUAGAGAUGGCUCUGUGACUGCAACCAGGCUGCUGCUUCCUUCUAAAGCUACUUCUAAGCUGACUCACAGUGCCAGAUCUGAUGCGGAUUUAGUGGGUGGAGGUGAAGAUGGUGAUGAUUAUGGUGAUGAUGAUUAUGAUGACAGAGAUAGUGAUGGUUUGUCCAUGAAUAAGUGUAUGUCAUGCUCAUCCUAUAAAGAAUCACAAGAAAAGGUAACAAAUGACUCACAGACCCAGGAAAACAGUCUUGUGGAUCAGGAUAACUCAAUAUAUUCACUAUCUGGGAAUUUGGAAGAAGAAAAUAAAGUCACAGGUGUAACCCCAGACAGUCAAACUAGAGUGGACAGUAGUACUGAUAAAUUACCACCAACCAAUAUUCUGAGCCAGAAGCACAGUGAUGGCAAAGAGGACAGUGACAUUCAGACUGGCAGUGCCCUACAUCCUCUCAGCCCAGAAUCUAAAGCAUGGGCUAUUCUGACAAGUGAUGAAGAAAGUGGAUCAGGGCAAGGUACCUCAGAUAGCCUUAAUGAUAAUGAGACUUCCACAGAUUUCAGUUUCCCAGAUGCUAAUGAAAGAGAUGCUGAUGGGGUCUUGGAAGCAGGUGACUCAGAAAUUACUUCUGGAUCUCCACGGUCCUCAACACCAUCUGUGACUAGUGGGCACUCAGAAGUGUUCAACAGUUCAGAGGCAGAGGCCAGUAAUAGUAGCCAUGAGUCUCGUAUUGGUCUAGCUGAGGGGUUGGAAUCUGAGAAGAAGGCAGUUAUACCCCUCGUGAUCGUAUCAGCCCUGACUUUUAUCUGUCUAGUGGUUCUUGUGGGUAUUCUCAUCUACUGGAGAAAGUGCUUCCAGACUGCUCACUUUUAUUUAGAAGAUAGCACAUCCCCUCGAGUAAUAUCUACACCACCAACACCCAUCUUUCCAAUUUCAGAUGAUGUUGGAGCAAUUCCAAUAAAGCACUUUCCAAAACAUGUUGCAGACUUACAUGCAAGUAAUGGGUUUACUGAGGAAUUUGAGACACUGAAAGAGUUUUACCAGGAAAUACAGAGCUGUACUGUUGACUUAGGUAUUACAGCAGACAGCUCCAACCACCCAGACAACAAGCACAAAAACCGAUACAUCAAUAUCGUUGCCUAUGAUCAUAGCAGAGUGAAGCUUGCACAACUUAUUGAAAAAGAUGGAAAACUCACGGAUUACAUCAAUGCCAAUUAUGUUGAUGGUUACAACAGACCAAAGGCUUACAUAGCUGCCCAGGGCCCACUGAAAUCCACAGCAGAAGACUUCUGGAGAAUGAUAUGGGAGCACAAUGUGGAAGUUAUAGUCAUGAUAACGAACCUCGUGGAGAAAGGAAGGAGAAAAUGUGACCAGUACUGGCCUACUGAUGGUAGUGAAGAAUACGGGAACUUUCUAGUCAAUCAGAAGAGUGUUCAAGUGCUAGCCUAUUAUACUGUGAGGACUUUUACUCUAAGAAACACAAAGAUUAAAAAGGGCUCCCAGAAAGGAAGACCCAGUGGGCGCUUGGUCACACAGUAUCACUACACUCAGUGGCCUGACAUGGGCGUGCCAGAGUACUCCUUGCCAGUGCUGACCUUUGUGAGAAAGGCAGCCCAUGCCAAGCGCCAUGCUGUUGGACCCAUUGUCGUCCACUGCAGCGCUGGUGUUGGAAGAACAGGCACAUACAUUGUGCUAGACAGCAUGUUGCAACAAAUUCAGCACGAAGGAACUGUCAAUGUAUUUGGCUUCUUAAAACAUAUCCGGUCACAAAGAAAUUAUUUGGUGCAAACUGAGGAACAGUAUGUCUUCAUUCAUGAUACACUGGUUGAAGCCAUACUCAGCAAGGAAACUGAAGUGCUAGACAGUCAUAUUCAUGCUUAUGUUAAUGCAAUCCUCAUUCCAGGACCAACAGGCAAAACAAAACUAGAGAAACAAUUCCAGCUUCUGAGUCAGUCAAAUAUUCAACAGAGUGACUAUUCUACAGCCCUAAAACAGUGCAACAGGGAAAAGAACAGAACUUCUUCCAUUAUCCCCGUGGAAAGAUCAAGGGUUGGCAUCUCAUCCCUGAGUGGGGAAGGUACCGACUACAUCAAUGCCUCCUAUAUAAUGGGAUACUACCAGAGCAAUGAAUUCAUCAUCACCCAGCAUCCCCUUCUCCAUACCAUCAAGGAUUUCUGGAGAAUGAUAUGGGAUCAUAAUGCCCAGCUGGUGGUUAUGAUUCCUGAUGGUCAAAACAUGGCAGAGGAUGAAUUUGUUUACUGGCCAAAUAAAGAUGAACCUAUAAACUGUGAGAGUUUUAAGGUCACUCUUAUGGCUGAAGAACACAAAUGUCUAUCUAAUGAGGAAAAGCUUAUAAUUCAAGACUUUAUAUUGGAAGCUACACAGGAUGAUUAUGUACUUGAAGUGAGGCACUUUCAAUGUCCCAAAUGGCCAAAUCCAGAUAGUUCCAUUAGUAAAACUUUUGAACUUAUCAGUAUUGUCAAAGAAGAGGCUGCCAACAGAGAUGGGCCUGUGAUUGUUCAUGAUGAGCAUGGGGGAGUGACGGCAGGAACUUUCUGUGCUCUGACUACCCUUAUGCACCAACUAGAAAAAGAAAAUUCCAUGGAUGUUUACCAGGUAGCCAAGAUGAUCAACUUGAUGAGGCCAGGAGUCUUUGCUGACAUUGAGCACUACCAGUUUCUGUACAGAGUGGUCCUCAGCCUCGUCAGCACCAGGCAGGAAGAGAGUGCUUCCACCUCUCUGGACAGUAAUGGUGCAGCUUUGCCUGAUGGAAAUAUAGCUGAGAGCUUGGAGUCUUUAGUUUAA